GUGGGGGGCUGGUAACAAAAAGUAAAAAUGCGAGAAAACAAAACAAAGGUUAUCACGUAAUCUCCGUGAACUUGGCGGACUGAUUUUGGAUUUCUGUCUUCUUUUUUUUUCAUUAGUUAUGAGAUUUUUCCCCUCCAAAAAAUGAACGUGGAACAGCAGGCGGCGCCGCGAUCACGGCGCGAAGCAGUAGAAGAAAAAAAAAAGGAGAACGACACCAGCGCUACUAACUAGAGGCAGCAGAAGACCCUAGGGAAACAGCGGACGGAUUCAUCAUUAUCGCGUUUACGGGGGUUGCUGUUCUAAAUGCAAACGGCAAAACUGACUGACUUCCCACCAUCGAGUCUCGUGUGUCGUUCGACUGUUGUCAUUUAGUUUGAAUUACUUCACAUUAAUUUUCUGCAGAAACUGGGAUACGGUUUUAAAGCUAUGACUGAUACGAAAACAGAUAAAACUAAGGUCGACUUGGGUCUUCUCGAAGAAGACGACGAGUUCGAGGAAUUUCCCACCGAAGAUUGGACCGCAAAGGACGAAGACAAUGAGGAUAUUAGCGUGUGGGAAGACAAUUGGGACGACGAUGACGUCGAGGACGAUUUCAAUCAACAGCUCAGGGCUCAAUUGGAAAAGCAAAAAGCUCAAGGGGACAAUGGUUCCAAGGAGAAUUAAUAAAAUAUGAUUUCAUCAAACAACUGUUCCAACCUAUGGAUUAAAAAUUAUUCAUACAUAGGCUUAAGUUGAAUGUUCAUUAUUAUUGGUCACUGUAGAUAUAUAUUUAUAUUAAUUAACACUAUCUUUGGAUUACAACAAAGCAUUGGCGUGUUGCAUUAUAGUUUAUAUCCUGCAUAACCAUGUAACAGAAUUAAAUCGGUUCUUUGUACAAAACUUA